AUGUUUAAACAGACUGCCUAUCCAGUGCCUACAGACGGGGUCCUUUCUGAAGGAGAUAAGCGCGAUAGUAAGAGCGACAUGCCGAGAUCGUCACAUCAACUCUCACGAUUUCUCGCGGCAGAGGCUACUUUGCUCCGGAGCCAGCAUCUCGGACUAGGCCGAGGAGGAUCUACCCCACGAUACACGCCACCACCCAUUUGGGUGCCGAUACGUGGGGACAACGUUUGUAUUGGGGGCCCGAAAGGGCUCAUGAGUUUGGGCUGGUCGCGUCUCUCUGAUGUGGUCACAUCUGUGGUCAUGGAGAAAAGCUCGCGUCUCGAUCAACAGUUUUGGGGUUCUACGGUGGGACCACGCGACAAGGGGAAGCAACAGGUGGGGUAUUCUGGCUUCAAGCCAUGGGAAUGCAAGCCUGGCACUUGUUCCCGACUUUCGAGGUUGGUUAAAACUUUGACGACAUUGGGGGACAGCGGGUGGAGGAUUACUGUUUAG